UCCGUGUUUGCAGCUCUCGCUUGUGCCUUUGGGUGACGCUGAGUGGGAGCCGCGCGGGGCCCGACCGGGGAUCUCUGUCUCUCCGUCGUUCCUCUGGAAACCCAGUGUGCAUCGUUCUGGAGGCCAUGGCGCGGCAGUGGGGGCCCUCCAUGAGGGCGGCCGAGAAAGCGGGUUGCGUGGUGAGCGCCUCCCGGGCUGGGCAGGCCGAGGCGGACUCGUGGAGCUGCAGCGGAGUGAUCCUGAGCCGCGGCCCGGACCUGGUGCUGUGCCACGGGGGCAUCUUCACCCCCUUCCUGCGGGCCGGGAGCGCGGCAUUGACCGCGGCCAGCGCCUCCUUCCUGCCCAGCGACAGUUGCGAUGACGACCUGCGCCUGCACGUGCAGUGGGGUCCGGCAGCCACGAGCCCCGCAGGCCGCGCGGAGAGGGGCCGUCCCGGCUUGUGCACGCCCCAAUGCGCCGGCCCGGAGCCCGACCCGCCGGCCCGACCCCGCGGGCGGCUCCUACAGUCCCCGCGGCCCGCCGAGCUGCUACUGCUGCUGAGCUGCCCGGCCUUCCGAGCCCACUUCGCGCGCCUCUUCGGGGGCGAGGCGGCCGAGCAGUGGCGCUUCGCGAACGCGGCGCCGGACGACGAGGUGUCGGAGGAGGAGGAGGAGGACCAGCUGAGAGCGCUGGGAUGGUUCGCGCUGCUGCGCGUGCGGCCCGAGCCGGAGGAAGAGGAGGCGGCGGCGGCGGCGGAGGAGAGCGGGCCGGCCGUGGCCGUGGCGCCUCUCGGGGCCGUGCCCAAGGGCGCGCCGCUGCUGGCCUGCGGCUCCCCGUUCGGGGCCUUCUGCCCGGACAUCUUCCUCAACACGCUCAGCCGCGGCGUGCUCAGCAACGCCACCGGCCCCCUGCUGCUCACCGACGCGCGCUGCCUGCCGGGCACCGAGGGCGGCGGUGUGUUCGCGGCACGGCCCGCGGGGGCGCUCGUGGCGCUGGUGGCCGCGCCCCUCUGCUGGAAAGCUCGCGAGUGGGUGGGCCUCACGCUGCUCUGCGCUGCCGCCCCUCUCCUGCGCGCCGCCCGAGCCGCACUCGGCCGCUUGGGUCCAGGACCCCGCGCCCUGGCCGCCCUCCUGCCGCAGGAGAUGGGCGCGCCGUGGGGCCUGCCUCUCCGAGACCCCGGCCCCCCGUGGGCGGCUGCGGCCGUGCUGGUGGAGUGCGGCACCAUCUGGGGCUCCGGAGUGGCCGUGGCGCCCCGCCUCGUGGUGACCUGCCGACAUGUGGCCCCUCGGGAGGCGUCCAGGGUCCUGGUGCGCGCCACACCCCCUAAGAGUGCCACAAUCUGGGGACGUGUGGUGUUUGCCACCCAGGAGACCUGUCCCUAUGACAUAGCACUAGUGAGCCUGGAGGAGGACCUACACGAUGUCCCCCUGCCGGUACUGGCUGAGCAUUUCCAAGAAGGAGAAGCUGUCAGUGUGGUGGGCUUCGGCAUCUUUGGCCAGGCUUGUGGGCCCUCGGUGACCUCAGGCAUCCUGUCUGCUGUGGUGCGGGUGGAUGACAGACCAGUGAUGCUCCAGACCACCUGUGCCGUGCAUGGCGGCUCCAGCGGGGGACCCCUCUUCUCCACCCGCACAGGAGACCUCCUGGGCAUCGUGGCCAGCAACACCAGGGACAAUAACACGGGGGCCACCUAUCCUCACCUGAACUUCAGCAUUCCUGUCUCGGUGCUACAGCCGGCCCUGUGGCAGUACAGGCAGACGGGGGACCUGGACGGCCUCCGCCAGCUGGACGGUGCCACGGAGCCCGUGAAGGUGGUGUGGCGGCUACAGCGGCCCCUGACCGAGGCCCCGCGGAGCAAGCUGUGAGGCAGCAUCAGGCCUCUGGAGAGAAGAGCCCCUGUUUUACAUCACAGUGAGCAGCGGCCUUGGGAUGUGGACAGGGUGCACCCUCCCAACCUUGUUCAGCUCUGGAAUUGGGACCAGACCCCAUGGGUCUCCAAACUGGCAGCCUUUUUUGGGGUGCCCUUUUGAGCCCUCACCUCAGUCUGCCCACUGGCACUAGACUUAGCUGUGUUAUUUCUCCUUCUGGGGAGCCCUGUGGGCACAUAACAGCCCUGGUCCUGAGAGAUGGAGGCCAGCGGAGGGCAGGGCCAGCCCCGGCUUUGCGUCUAUUCCCUGUCUCCUGAUGGCUGCUGGCCGCCAGAGCAGUGGUGUUACUUAGAAACCCUCGGCAGAGAGGCCGGCCCUGACUGUCUUUCUGGAUCUGCUGCAUCCCUAGGUGGAGUCCCUGAAGGUUAGGAUUCGUGGAUCUUCGUAAGUCGGGUGUCGCUGACCUCCAGCGGCACUCUGCCACAGUGCCUUUACUUUCCUGCCCAUAAAAUGGGCCUCAGGGAUCUCAUGGGGUAGAAUGUGUCUCACUGAGGGUUGGGAAUAAAGAAGAUGUCUAGGAGAAACUCUGCUUCUAUAA